GCGCCUCCGUCAAAUCACGUGUUGUCUCCUCUCGGCUUUUCCGUUAAAGUAGACGUCACAACACCGCCGUUAAUCGCCGUGGUCUGUGGGAAUUCAACCCAGAGGAAGAAAAGACCCAGAGAGACGCCAUCUGGUCCUUCUUUUGCCUCCAUCUGUGUCCUCUCACGACGAUCUUCAUAAACCCUACGCUUUGCUUACUUUUUGCUCAGAUUUCUUAAUUUGUGGUUUCUCGAUCGGGAAAUUAGUGCUCGAUCGCGUCUCCUACUGAUUCUGAUCGGAAUAUCAGAUUCGGAUUCCAGAGAGCUGGGGAGAGAAAGAUAGGUAGAGUUUGGUGGAGAUGAUGCAGAGACGGAGUCCGCCCAAGCACAGGCAUGACGGAACAUCGCCGCUUCCUUUGGGAAUGGAUUGGAGUCCUCCACCGCGCAAAUGGAAUGGUAGAGAUACUGUUUGGCCUCAUGACCCUCGAACUGGUUGGAGUUAUUGCGUUACAAUACCCUCGUGGAUUGUCCUUCCAAAAUCAAGAAAUUCAGAUCCUGUUGUGUUUUACAGGGUUCAGGUAAGUGUGCAAUCCCCUGAAGGUGUUACCACAAUGCGAGGAGUGUUGAGAAGAUUUAAUGAUUUCUUAAAGCUAUUAACAGAUCUUAAAAGAACAUUUCCUAGAAAAAGUUUUCCAUCAGCUCCUCCCAAAGGGCUGUUGCGUAUGAAAAGCAGAGCAGUGUUAGAAGAGAGAAGGUGCUCUCUUGAGGAGUGGAUAACAAAGCUAUUAUCUGAUAUAGAAUUAGCAAGAAGUGUCGUAGUUGCAUCCUUUCUUGAACUAGAAGCUGCUGCUAGGUCUGCAUGCCAAGAUGUAGAUCAGAAUGCUUCUGAUGCCAAUAAUGAUAGAAGUAGCACAAGUUCGUCGCCGAUGGUUCACCCAAGUUUGAGCUUGUUUCAUGCUGGUGGCAGUUCUCUCACAUCUGACUAUGGCAGUGAUACUGCUUAUGAAACAUCUGAGGUUGGAUCACCAAGUUUAGGACAGGAUGAUAUUUCUGAAAUUGGUACGGAAGAUCUAACUCUGGAUGAAGAUUUAACAAAUCCAAUAGAGAAGCUCGUUAACUUUAGCAUGUCCAACAUUGACGAGGGGCUUUCAAUGAGCGAAACGAUUUUAGAGCAACUUGAAGACUUUCCCAAACAUAAAAUCCGCUCAAGAUACGUCAAUAAUAUCCUGGGGAAGGAUGUGUAUAACGGAAAUGCUUCGAAAGGCGUAUUUCCUGCUAACAAUGGUUCACGACUUCUCUCUGAACCAGAAUCAUCAGCUCACUCAGUAAUGCAUGACAGAAAGCUUUCUGCUGAGAGUGCUGAAGGAUUUGCUCUACACACCGGUGAGACAUCAACAUCUGGUCUCCUAAGUUCAAGCAGUGAUAGCCACCUGGAUCUACGCCGAGGUCCUGGUGUAUCGCUUGGAACUGGGCUUGUUUGUAACCCGGAGAGGCAGGGUAGUGCACAAAUAGUUCUUCCACUGGAGCUGCGUAAUAAAUUGAACAGGAUUCUGUUAGCCACAAAUGAGAGACUUGUCAAUGCAAAAACAGAUAUGGAGGAUCUUAUUGCAAGACUAAAUCAAGAGAUAGCUGUGAAAGAUUACCUGAACAAAAAGGUUAAUGAUCUAGAAGGGGAACUUGAAACUACUAAGCAGAGAAGCAAAGAGAACUUGGAGCAAGCUAUUAUGAGCGAGAGGGAAAGAUUUAAUCAGAUGCAGUGGGAUAUGGAAGAACUUAGGCAAAAAUCUUACGAGAUGGAAUUGAAGUUAAAAUCGAGAGAGGAUGGGAGCUCACAUGCAGAACCCACUGUACAGUCAACUAUUUCUGAGAAACAUGUUUUGUCGAAAGAGUUGGAUGCCAGAAAGCAACAACUAGAAGACCUCUCUAGGCGAUAUGAAGAAUUAGAGGCAAAAUCAAAAGCAGAUAUUAAAGUUCUUGUCAAAGAGGUCAAAUCUCUGAGGCGUUCUCAUGUGGAACUAGAAAAAGAGCUAACCCACUCUUUGACAGAGAAAACUAAUGCCGAGAAACUCCUCCAAGAGGAACGAAAACUACUAGAGAACACAGUUGCGGCUAGAAAGAAGCUGCUUAGUGACUGCAGAAUUCUCCACGACCGGCUCAAAGAGUACAAUUUGAAUUUAUCAAUGGAUGGAAACGGUAACUUCGUCGAGGACUCAACUACAGUAUCAGACGCUUUGCGUUUACUGUCAAUAUCUGAUGAUCAGAUUGAGGAGGCUCAGCUACUUUCUGGGUUUGAUGAAAAUGCUGCUGCUCAAGACAUCGAUAAAUCUCUCAGCAUGGAUACUGAAACAAGAAUUGUGGAGGACGAGCUGAGGAAGAUACUGGCAAACAUCUUUGUUGAGAAUGCGAAAUUGAGAAAACAGGUGAACUCUGCAAUGCUUCGUGCUCUCCAAAAAGACUUUAAGACCAGCGAAGAUGUGAAUGAGGAAAAUAGUUAUGAGAAAGAUGAAGCAUCAACAGAAACAUUGAAGAGAUAGGUAAUAAUAGUCGCUUUGACCUGAGAAUAGACUGCCAUUUUUUUCUUUUAUCAAAGGACUGGUCGCUUUAUAAUACAGAACGGUUGGUCUCUUGGAGAAGCAAAUUAGUUGAAGCUAAGUGAUGUGUAAUCGAUAUAUAGACACACAUGUGACACCACCCCUUUUGAGAGUACAUAAGGCAAAAAGAUGUGUAUUGAGUAUGUUUGUUGUAUAAUUGUCUUUCAUUAUCCUUUGUUGCAUAUAUUGAGCCUUUCUUGUGUUCUGAACUCUGUUCUUGCAAACAAAGUUGGAACAGUAAGUGUUUAGUUUAUAAAAAAUGUGUCAAUUGAUCAUCAUUGUCCUCAAGUAUAAAGAAUGUUUCGUUCU